GUGGCUAGGCAUGGCGGGAUGGCCGCUCCGUGAUGCCGAUAAACACCGAUAAACACCGAUAAACGGCAUCGUCGGACCCGUGGAUUUUAUAUUUUCUACGUAUUAUAGUGUUUACGAUUAGUUUCCGUAAAAUGUACAGACUACUGAAGGUGCAAAGAGUCGUGGUGCAAGGUGCAUGCCGUACAUCAAUUUGUAGCAACACCCGAGAACAGGCUCGAGUGUGCUCUUUUUGUAAAUUCUACCACAACGAAAUUCGGAGGGAUCGCAGUUACGUCCAUUUUCGGCAAUAUUCAACUACUCUAAGUACGGCUAUGAUGGAACUUCCGUUAAAGAAGAAAUCAAAGAGAAAAUUAAAGAAAUAUACUGAAUUACUGGAAGUUUCCGACGGUGCAACGAAUAAUAAAAAAGCAGCGGUGCAAAAAUUGGAUGCCGCAUCUUUGUCGAUGCUCGUCGACGAUCCAGGAAUUGCUUUAGAUCAAUUGAACAAAAUUGAGAAAAAACUAGCUGUUAAAAAAAAGCGGAAGAAGAAAUCCAAUAAAGAAUCGGUAAAAAUCGAGAACACUGUUGUGGAACCAACUACAAAGAGCGAUGUUAAACGGUAUUCUAAAACGGAGAGGCAAGAAAUUUUUCAAAAUAGUGGGGCAUUAAAUUCAUUAGAUGAAACGGAUAUUUUGAGUAAAGCUAAUGCUAUGUCAAAUCCAACCCUGCUGCAGACUAUAGAAGUAGAAGAUGACGAAAUUGACGAUAAACCGGUCGAAGAUGGUUCAAAGAGUACGAAAUCCAAGCGUACUGAAAACUUAAAAAAGUCAGAAGAUCCUUUAUCUUCCAAAGUUAUGAAGGAACGUAUGAAACUGGCAAGGGAAAGAUGUUUAUUGCAAAGUUUGCUUGCAUAUGUUCACGUUUGCAUUCAUUGCGGAUUGAUUUCUCAAGCCCUCGAAGUGGUGAAGCAUUACAGAAAGUUCAAUGCAGCGGUUCCCGAUAAUCUUGUCAUUAGGAAUUUAAAUCUUUAUAACAUUCUCUUGAAGUACUAUGCAUCCACAGCAAAUUUUAAUAAAGUGAACGAUAUAAGGUAUUACAUACAGGAAGAUGGACUAAAACCCAAUACGCAAACUUACGCUGCAUUGUUCGAGUGCAUCGGUAGAAUGGAGAAAUCUGAUUAUUUCCUAAAUUAUUUAAGAGACAUACAAGAGGAGAUGACGGAAAACAACAUAUCUCUGAACGACGUGGUUAUUAAAGCAAAAUUUGUACAAGACCAACAAAAACAUGUACUGGCAGCUAUCAGAUUGCUCAAACCCGAGUUUCAGCCGCAACACGUGUUUUAUAAUAUCCCCUACAAUUGCUCACUUGUCAAUAAAUUGUCACAAAACAAAGCUUUCACAAAAAGUCCCGCUAAAGGACUGCAGUCGAAUAUCAAUAUUUACGACAAAAUCGAACAGCAAUUGAAAUGGGAGAAGAAUGGCAUUGUACAUAUAAAAAGUAUUGCACCCCAGAAAUUGACUCCUACCGUGAUGCGUUACAGGGAGGAAGUAGAGAAACUUGAAAAAAUGUGGGAGAAAACCGCAACCGAGGCAUUCGAUAGGGAUUUAAAUAUAUUAAAAAAUCGUAAGAUCAUCAUGUCGUCCCAAAUGGUGAUGCUGUAUCCCUAUAUGUGCGUUCUGGAUAAACAAGAAUAUAUCAAAGUCAUUGUGCACGAGGCAAAGAUUCGAGCCCAGGGCUCGAUGUCGUACAGUCCGACGCUUCAGAUGCUUUGCAAAUGGCUCGGCAAUCGUAUCUUUUCGAAAUACGAGAUAUUAUACAAACAGAAUAAUGGAGUAUUAACCAAGACGGAGGAAGUUUAUACCAGGUAUUUCCACUGGUACAUGAAUAAAUUCGAUACUUUAAAUACUCGAACCAAAUGGCAGAAGCUUUCGCACGAGGCAUCGAAAUGCGGAUCGUCCUUGAACGUGAAUUGCAUACAAUGGCCAGUCUCGGUGCUGGUAAACGUCGGCAGAUUUCUCUACGACAUCAUUCUGAAAGAUCUUAAAUUUAACGUAAACGGCUGCAAGACCAACAACGACAAGGAGACUUACCUUCCCGCAUUUUAUUCGGUAUUUAAAACUUCGAGCAGUUCUAUGAGAGAAGAGGUGAAUCCGCACCCCGUCCUGGCGAGACUCUACGAACUAUCCCAGCCUGAAAUAUUGAGUUUCGAUACAACGGAGGUACCGAUGGUCUGUCCACCUCGCCCCUGGGAUUCGGUCAAUAACGGAGGUUUCCUGGUGACCAAAACCAACCUUGUCAGAGUUUCCCAAACCUCGGUGACGCAGUGGGAUAAACUGAGUAGUUGUCGACCGAGUCAGGUAUACCCGGUUCUCGAUUCGUUGAAUCAGCUCAGCUCUAUACCAUGGAGGAUCAACCCUGCCAUCCUCAAAGUGGUUCUCGAGGUGUUUCGACACGGUGGGUCGGUAAAACUAAACGUGCCACAGCCACCCUCCGUUCUUCCACCGUUGCCCGUGAUACAAUCCAACGCCCCGGAGGCGGAAAUCAAAGAGGCCAUGAGACUCAGACUGCGCCUGAAGAGACAGGGGAACGAAAUGUACUCUUUAUGGUGCGAUAUGUUGUACAGACUUUCGAUAGCCGAGCACUUGAAGAACGACAUUUUCUGGUUACCUCAUAAUAUGGAUUUCCGAGGUCGAGUGUACCCUUUGCCUCCUCAUUUGAACCACUUGGGUUCCGACUUACCCCGAUCGUUGCUCACCUUUGCUCUUGGCAAACCACUGGGUAAAAACGGUCUGGAUUGGUUGAAAAUUCACGUGAUCAAUCUGACGGGUCGUAUGAAGAAGGAGCCGGUGAAAAAUCGACUCGAGUGCGCCAAUAGGAUUAUGGACGAUAUACUCGACAGUGCAGAGAAUCCACUUACGGGCAAAAUGUGGUGGGCAGAGGCCGAAGAGCCAUGGCAGACGUUAGCUGCUUGCAUGGAAAUAUCGGCAGCUCUAGGAUCCCCGGAUCCGGAAAAAUAUGUUAGCAAAUUUCCCGUUCAUCAAGAUGGAAGUUGCAACGGGUUGCAACAUUAUGCAGCAUUAGGUCGCGAUCAACCAGGUGCCGUGAGCGUGAAUCUAUUUCCCAGCGAGAAACCGCAGGAUGUUUAUAGUGCGGUGGUCGAUUUGGUCGAGAAGGUUCGCCAGCAGGAUGCAGAAAAUGGCGUCGAGAUAGCACGAGCCUUGAACGGCUUCAUUAGCAGGAAAGUCAUUAAACAAACCGUCAUGACAACUGUUUACGGAGUUACGAAGUUUGGUGCCCGAAUACAAAUUGCGAAACAAUUGACCGAUAUAGAGAAUUUCCCGAGAGAACUCGUUUGGACAUCCAGUGCUUAUCUGGUCAUAAAAACGUUUGAGUGUCUGAGAUCUAUGUUCAAUAGUGCAAGAGAGAUUCAAGACUGGCUGACAGAAUGUGCUCGCGUGAUCACGAUGACGUGCAAGCAAAAUGUCGAGUGGGUAACUCCGUUAGGAUUUCCAGUGGUUCAGCCUUAUUGUAAAUUAAAUAGGACCGUUGAUUCAAGACGAGUGCAUCAGUUACUGUCGAUGGAUUCAUUUGAAUUACCGAAUACGAUGAAGCAAAGAAACGCAUUCGCCCCAAAUUUUAUUCAUUCUCUAGACUCGACUCACAUGAUGCUGACCAGUCUUUACUGUGAAAACGCUGAUGUGACGUUCGCGUCCGUGCACGACUGCUUCUGGACGCAUGCCUGCACCGUUGAUUUAUUGAACAAGAUCUGUCGAGAGCAAUUCGUUGCCCUUCACUCGCAACCUAUACUGGAAGAUUUGUCCUCGUUUUUCAUAGAUAGGUACAACGUCAAACAUCUGGAGUCCAUCUGUCUCAGUGUAGACGACAAGAGGAGCCUCUUCCGAAUAUUUCAACGUCAACCAAAGAAGGGAUCGUUCGAUCUAAAGCAGGUCUUGGAUUCGAUUUAUUUCUUCAGCUGAAAUAAAUUGAGUCCACCCGUAUGAUGCUGCAAACUUCCUCCUGCGGUUUACCGUUUAUCACCGGUUAGUUAGACACGAAUCAAUGAUGUAUAAACAAGUAGGAAACGGUAUAUUUAAGCGUAGCACUUAAAUUUCAUUAUAGAUUAAAUCGAGGAGAGGAAAGAGUAAA